AUGACGAGCGAUCUGGCUCGUGGUGAAGAUUCCAUUCUCUUCGUCCCCGACGUCCUCAAGCAGUCGGCCGAGCUUCACAGGCUGGAAGCGGAGGCGAUCGCGCAGAAUCAGUCGCCACAAACGGUCAGCGAAGCCUACGUCGUCUCGCGUGCGCAAUACCGGCGUUGCGCAAAGCAAGAUGCGCGUGCCUGGGAGAACCACCGGAGGUGGCUGCAAGAUCAGGCGGACAGCAAGUUAGCGCUGCGCAAGAGUCUGCGUCGAGCCGACAUCAGCAAAAGGUUUCUCGCACUCGGCUUCGUCGCUGCAGACUUCGACACCCUUCACCUCGACGGAAGCUGGUGCAGCAGCUGCUUGUACCAGAGCUACGACGACGAUCUGGCUGAGUGGGAGGAUUAUGAGGAAGAUUUGAUUCUCGACACCCACGACGAGGAGCCUCAAACGCAGGAUCAAGCUAUGUCGACGACCACCUCCGACGCGCAAGGCGCGCAAGUCAGGGUUGGAGGCGCAAUUAUACGAGGCCCGUCGCUUGAGCAGAAGCUGGGAGAGUUCAGGGAACAGGCGAGGGAGGAGAAGAUGGCCGCCAUGUUGGCUGACUUGCACACUGAUUGCAUGCCCGGCCCCGCCUCGCUCUACCAGUUUUUCCAAUCAGACGAGCGCUUGACGGACGAAGAGUGGGAGAAGUACAAGUCGCCAAUCGUCGCGUGCGUCCACCGUCGGCGGUUCGAUCGCAUCUGGCGCGAAGAAAUUGCGGCACACGAUGCACGACAGAAGCGCCAGGAGGCGUUGCGACCGCUCUUCGGCCGCCUCCAACCCCCGAAGCGUUCUGCUACCUCUGCCCGCGCCAGCAUCCCCAUCUCCUUCGCAAUCUUCCUCGCCCUUCCGACCGUCGAGACGCUCUGGUACCCCGCGAACGCCUUCAUCGACGCUCGCGGAUGGCCGCCUCUCGAGCCGCAGAUCCUGAGCGAGAUCUGUACCCGCAUUCGGCUCGACAAGGUCGUCCUCUUCGACCGCAUCGUUCGUGCGCACGUCGCCGACAACGGCGUCUUGCCGUCUACCACCAUGAAGCCCAUCGCCUCCUCCUCCUCGUCGCCGUUCAUCGACUGCGACCCGUCGAAGGGCCUCGUACCGCUUCACGCCGCCUUGACGGACCGCGACAUGGACCCGCUCUUCGCGCAAGUCACCUCCCUCUUCCGCUGUGGCAUCUGCUCGACCAAGCUCCCCUACCCGGACAUUGCGAUUCACCUCGUCGACGAUCACGACGUCCCCAACGUCCCGGCGUACGCGCACGUCCCGAGCAGUGACUUUAGGAAGGCCAUCAAGAGUUUGCUCGACGACCUCGGGCACAGCUUGCAACUCGAGCUCGCGGCGUUCGAGUUCUUCUACGCCGACUGCGACUUCGACGUCACGAUGAGGUCGGCGAGCGGCCAGUUUGAGACGAGCGUCGGCGAGACGUGGGCGCAGGUCCUCUCCGGCAAAUCGCCCGCCGAACUCGACGCAAGCCGCCUCAAGCUCUCGUACUCAACUGACCGCGACAUCGUCGGGAUCAAGCUUUCGACCGCCAGCGUCAGCGACGAGGACGCGUAG